CUCCAGAAAUCAGAGAAUGCAAAAAGGAAAUAAGCUACAUGGAGGAGGGCAAGCUGGGCAGGGUGGAUAUCGACCCGGACAUCAUCCAGUUCGACAAACAGCACGGUCUUCCGGUGGAUUGUAUGUGGGUCAUCACGGUCAGAGUCAACUGGAGGAUACAACUCCAAUUUGAAAAAUUCGAGCUGGACAAUCCCAACGAUUGCGAGUCUAAUUUUGUCGAAGUAUUCUCGAAUGAUACCAUCAAUUCCAAGAAAAAGUUCUGCGGCUCCAUAGCGGAUACUGUGCUCUCCGACACUAACCAUAACGUGUUGAUUGUUCGUUUCUAUGCCGAAUUUUUAGGAGAUAAAACCACUUUUUAUGCCAAUUUUACUGCAUUUCGUGAAUAUACCAAAGAAAAAUCUAAAACGAAAAACUGUGCUGACGACGAAUUCGAUUGCGAGGACGCGACGUGCAUAUCAUCAACCUUAAAAUGUAAUGGAUACUAUAAUUGUAGGUUCAGAUGGGAUGAAGACAAUUGCCAUGACAACCUCCUGGGUAGUGAAUCCUGGGCACUCACUGAUGACCAUAUUGUAAUAAUUAUGGUUAUUUUUUCGCUCAUUCUGACAGGGAUGUUCUUUACGUUUAUUUACAACUGCGUGAAGAAGCUUUUAAGGGACCACCAGACAAUACAGGAGUUCAAACGUAGCAGAGAGCAAUUGGACAAAGACGAAGAGGAUAAACGAUCCUCCAAAGGCAAUGGAGGACCACAUAGGACACCUUCAGUAGAAUCUACUCGCUUCGGACCUUCUGAGUCCACUAAUGCUCCUUGCUACGUUCCAGGAGACGAUAUUCUCCCGAUAAUAAUCAAAGGAUCCCACACUGUCCCAACCAACGGAAGCCUGUACAGCCAAAACAUAUACACGGUUGAUGCGGACGAUACGCCUAAGAUGUGUGACAGCGCAUGUCAAACAAGGGAAAGCCUCUUCACAACUCAAGAGUACAGUUCGGGUAACAGUACACCUAACAACAGCGUGCACACCAACUCACCUCCUGCCCCUUUCAGUACAUUUGGUUAUAAUCGCAAAGAUAACAGCAAGUUCAAAGCCGAAGCCAAGAUCGAAAUGCACCACGAGAAAUCCGCCACUCCUAUGUCCAAGUAUGACAAAAGGUACAGUGUUCAAACGACAAAGUCAGCACCAGACGUCAUAGUGACGCACUGACAAAUGUUGAACAAUUCCGAUUGGGAACCGUACAAAAGAAGACACCCGCGACAAUUUCUGAGAACGGAAAGCCACACAGUCGAAACGUCCGUCGAUGAUUCGAACGAAGGGACUCAAAUUUAUCUUCACACGUGAUAACUUUGUUAAUUCUAUCAUAUUUUAUCUUGAUCAUAUUUUACCCCAAUUUGUUGACAAUCUUUAAUUGAAUAUUAAGGAAAUAUUGUAAUACAAAAACAUGCAGUCCAUUGUUGUAUUACGAUUUGUUUUUUUGCUGACUGACAUACUAUAAAGAAAAAAAAUCUUUUAUAAUGUGUAGUCAGCAGAUUGUAACUAUUUAUAAAAUAAUUUUUAUCGAUUUCUAUUAAUUCAGGAUCGAUUAAAUAAUAUACUUGUUCAAACGUGACCAAGUACACUCUAAUUGUUAUUAAUAUAAGUUCUAAAAAAUAUUUCCUAUUGUAUUUUAAAUUAAAAUAUGACUAAUCUGUUAGUAUUAUUCAUUACGAGGAAAAGACACUUUGGCUUUUUAAAUCUGUAUUGUUUUUAUUAUAUGAACGACAAGGGCAGGAUACUCUUUGUAUGUCUG